AUGAAGUGUAUAGUGGCAUUAGUUCUCGUAGCUGUGAUUAGUUGCGCGUCAGGCGAUGACGGUAAAUACCACCCAGAGAAGUAUGGGAAUGAGGGAUUGUAUAAGCCGACUACUGACGGUCGCUACUAUGACCUCAAUCGAUACAACAAUUACUACGGAAGGAACGUCUACAAUGCAGCCUACAACCCAUUCUACUACAACUCAUUGAAGCCCUACCAGGAACUUGUUGCGCCCUUCGUUAAGAGCGACAUCCCGCACGUUGUAGUAACAGCCCGACCUCCAAUUGUCACAAGUACCGCAGUACCUGUAAUUCCAUCGGUUGUCAAGUAUGUGCCCCUAUACGCAAAACACCAGUACUUGGAUGGACGAAGCGCCAGAAUAAUUACCCAGGACAGCGACUCAAGCGCUAACGGAUAUCGCUACAGUUUCCAAACGGAAAAUGGUAUAGCCGCUGAGGAAACUGGUAGUGUUGCGACAGCCAACGAAGGAAACAAGGUCCGUGGAUUUUACGAAUAUGUCGGAGACGAUGGCUUGACCUACCGUGUCGAUUACACAGCUGACGAAAAUGGCUUCCAUCCCACUGGAGCUCAUUUACCUUGA